AUGAGAGCAUUCUCCCGGGUAUUAACCACAUCCCAUCCUAUAUUAUCCAACAGCAUUAUCCUUCGAACAGUGAAACACUUCGGUUCAUCAGUCCCUUCUUAUGAUUUCUCCAGACAAACACCCAAGGUGGACCCUGACAAUACGGCAGCGAUGCUGCUACAGAAAAAUCUGAUCCAAAGAAAUAAUAUGCUUUACGGGUAUGGAUCGGGAACCAUACGAUGUACCUUACUUGAUUCUACGGGACGAGCCAAAUCACCAUCAGUAGUGAUAAAACGCGAAGAUCUAGUUUCAAAACACGGCUUACUGCCGAGAGAUCUACGUAAAAUCGAAAAAUCAAGGAAAAACGACUUGGUUCCUAGUUUGCUCGUGCGAGAAAAUUCUAUAUUGAUCAGUUUGCUUACUGUGAAAGCCUUAAUCAAGCCCGAUAUGGUCAUCAUUUUUGAUUCCACCGGUAGUGGAAUAACUUUAAACUCAGAAGCUCACAAGGACUUCAUAAACGAUAUGAAGCUGAGACUGAGGAAUCAAGAAACAACCGAGCUGAACAGCGAUCCACUUCCUUAUGAAUUCAGAGCGUUGGAAACCAUCUUCAUUUCGGCCUUAUCUAAUCUUACAAGUGAAAUGAAGGUGCUCUUAACCAUAUGCAAAGGCGUGCUACAAGAUUUAGAAUUUAGCAUAACAAGAGACAAGUUAAGAUUUUUAUUAGGUCAGAAUAAGAAAUUGAGCAGCUUCAAUAAAAAAGCAGUUCUUGUUAGAGAUAUGCUGGAUGACUUAUUGGAGCAGGACGAUGUGCUUUGCGACAUGUAUUUGACGGAUAAAAAAGCAGGCAAAAUUAGGGUCCAAGAUGAUCAUACUGAAAUCGAAAUGCUUCUGGAAACAUAUCAUAAUUACGUCGAUGAAAUAGUUCAAAAGAGUGAAAGUGCCAUUUCUGAUGUGAAAACAACAGAAGAAAUCAUAAAUAUUAUUUUAGAUUCUAACAGAAAUCAAUUGAUGCUGUUGGGAAUACGAUAUGCUAUAGGGAUGCUUUCAUUGGGGGGCGCUUUAUUCCUGGGUUCUAUUUAUGGUAUGAAUUUGGAAAGUUUUAUAGAGAAAAGCAAUUACGGCUACCUGACCGUCUCAAUUUUGGGGCUCAUAUCCACCGUUUGGCUUUAUGCAAAAGGAAUCAGACAUUUGCAUAAAUUACAACGUAUGACAUUAUUAAGCAAAAUAAAAACAGAAUCCAGUCGCGAACCACCACUGAAAAAAUAG